UCCAAAUGGCUCAACAGGGAGUUCUGCUGGACCAGGACCAGUUCUGUUGUUCUGUCUGUCUGGAUCUACUGAAGGAACCAGUCACCAUCCCCUGUGGACACAGUUACUGUAGGAGCUGUAUUGAGGGCUGCUGGGAUCAGGAUGUUCUGAAAGGGGUCUAUAGCUGUCCUCAGUGCAGAGAGACCUUCACUCCAAGGCCUAUUCUGAGGAAAAAUAACAUGUUGGCUGAGGUGGUGGAGAAACUGAAGAAGACAGGACUCCAGGCUGCUCCCCCUCCUGCUCUGUGCUAUGCUGGACCUAGAGAUGUGGCGUGUGAUUUCUGCACUGGGACCAGAAAGCAGAAAGCCCUCAUGUCCUGUCUGGUGUGUCUGGCCUCUUACUGUGAGACUCACCUCCAAUCUCACUACGAAUCUCCUGCUUUGAAGAAGCACAAGCUGGUCAAAGCCACCGCACAACUACAGGAGAAGAUCUGCUCUCAUCAUGACAAACUGCUGGAGGUUUACUGUCGUACCGAUCAGCAGGGUAUCUGUUAUCAGUGUGUGAUGGAUGAACAUAAAGGCCAUGAUACAGUGUCAGCUGCAGCAGAGAGGACUGAGAAACAGAGGCAGCUGGGGAUGAGUCAGCAGAAGGUCCAGCAGAGAUUCCAGGAGAGAGAGAAGGAGCUGAAGGAGCUCCAACAGGCUGUGGAGUCUCUCAAGCGCUCUGCACAGGCAGCAGUGGAGGACAGUGAUCAGAUCUUUACUGAGCUGAUCCGCUCCAUUGAGAGAAGGAGCUCUGAGGUGAAGGAGCUGAUCAGAGCCCAAGAGAAGGAUCAAGUGAGUGAAGCUGAAGGAGUCCUGGAGCAACUGAAGCAGGAGAUAGCUGAGCUGAGGAAGAGAAGCACUGAGCUGGAGCAGCUCUCACACACAGAGGAUCACAUCUAUUUCCUCCAGAGUUAUCAGUCUCUCUCCAGUAUCAGUGUAUCUUCAGACUUACCCAGCAUCGUUGUCCGUCCUCUUCAGUUCUUUGGAGAUGUGAGUAAGACUGUGUCUGAACUGAGAGAGAAACUAGAAGACUUCCUUAAAGGAGAAUGGACCAAGAUCUCCACUACAGUGAAUAUAGUGGAGGUUGUUCUGCCUCCAGAGCCCAAGACCAGAGAACAGUUGUUACAAUAUUCCUGUCAGCUCACACUGGACCCAAACACAGCACACACACUCCUCUCUCUGUCUGAAGGGAACAGAAAGGUGACCUAUACAGACCAAGUCCAACCAUAUCCUGACCAUCCAGACAGAUUCACCAACAUAUUCCAGGUUCUGUGUAGAGAGGGUCUGUCUGGACGCUGUUACUGGGAGGUGGAGUGGAGUGGUAAUGUUGAUACAGCAGUCUCAUAUAAAGACAUCAGCAGAACAGAGACAGAUAAUAUAUUUGGAUACAAUAACAAGUCCUGGAGUUUACAGCGCUAUAGUGAUGGUUAUUAUUUCAUACACAAUAAUGUUAAGACUAAAGUAUCAGGCCCUCAGUCCUCCAGAGUAGGAGUGUACCUGGAUCACAAGGCAGGUACUCUGUCCUUCUACAGGGUCUCUGACACAAUGACCCUCCUCCACAGAGUCCAGACCACAUUCACUCAGACCAUCUAUCCUGGGUUUAAUAUCUAUUAUAAUAGUACUGCUGAGCUGGUUAAACUGUAGUAGGGUCCACAUAGAUACUAGUCAUGCUGGUGUAGUCUAUAGCUGAGCUGGUUAAACUGUAGUAGGGUCCACAUAGAUACUAGUCAUGCUGGUGUAGUCUAUAGCUGAGCUGGUUAAACUGUAGUAGGGUCCACAUAGAUACUAGUCAUGCUGGUGUAGUCUAUAGCUGAGCUGGUUAAACUGUAGUAGGGUCCACAUAGAUACUAGUCAUGCUGGUGUAGUCUAUAGCUGAGCUGGUUAAACUGUAGUAGGGUCCACAUAGAUACUAGUCAUGCUGGUGUAGUCUAUAGCUGAGCUGGUUAAACUGUAGUAGGGUCCACAUAGAUACUAGUCAUGCUGGUGUAGUCUAUAGCUGAGCUGGUUAAACUGUAGUAGGGUCCACAUAGAUACUAGUCAUGCUGGUGUAGUCUAUAGCUGAGCUGGUUAAACUGUAGUAGGGUCCACAUAGAUACUAGUCAUGCUGGUGUAGUCUAUAGCUGAGCUGGUUAAACUGUAGUAGGGUCCACAUAGAUACUAGUCACGCUGCUGGUGUAGUCUAUAGCUGAGCUGGUUAAACUGUAGUAGGGUCCACAUAGAUACUAGUCAUGCUGGUGUAGUCUAUAGCUGAGCUGGUUAAACUGUAGUAGGGUCCACAUAGAUACUAGUCAUGCUGGUGUAGUCUAUAGCUGAGCUGGUUAAACUGUAGUAGGGUCCACAUAGAUACUAGUCAUGCUGGUGUAGUCUAUAGCUGAGCUGGUUAAACUGUAGUAGGGUCCACAUAGAUACUAGUCACGCUGGUGUAGUCUAUAGCUGAGCUGGUUAAACUGUAGUAGGGUCCACAUAGAUACUAGUCACGCUGGUGUAGUCUAUAGCUGAGCUGGUUAAACUGUAGUAGGGUCCACAUAGAUACUAGUCAUGCUGGUGUAGUCUAUAGCUGAGCUGGUUAAACUGUAGUAGGGUCCACAUAGAUACU